AUGGCGAUGCUUCUCUCGACGUUCUCCCGCCCAUCAUCCGGCCGCGCGCGCGUCUUCGUCGCGCUUCUCGUCGCUCUCCUCCUUCUCGGCGUGAACGGCGCGGACGCGAAGAAGAAGAAGAAGGGACCGAAGAUCACGCACACGGUGUUCUUCGACGUCGCCAUCGCGGGCGAGCCCGCGGGUCGGAUCGAGAUGGGGCUGUACGGGAAGACGACGCCGAAGACGGCGGAGAACUUCCGCGCGCUCGCGACGGGGGAGAAAGGAUUCGGGUUCAAAGGGUCCUCGUUCCAUCGCGUCAUCAAAGACUUCAUGAUCCAAGGCGGCGACUUCACGAACGGCGACGGCACCGGCGGGAAGAGCAUCUACGGCGAGACGUUCCCGGACGAAAACUUCAAGCUCAAGCACACGGGACCGGGCACGCUCUCCAUGGCAAACGCUGGCCCCGACACGAACGGCUCGCAGUUUUUCAUCUGCACGGUGAAAACCUCGUGGCUCGACGGCCGACACGUCGUGUUCGGCAAAGUCACGAACGGGAUGGACGUCGUGAAGGCGAUCGAAGCACUGGACGGGACGCCGCCGAAGCAAGAAGUCACGAUCGUGGACGCCGGGGAGAUCCCGAUGGACGAGCCGAAGCAGGAGGAGAUCGACGCGUGA